AGAAAAUAUAUUUUACUUCGUUUAUAGAAAUUUCUCCAUCUAUCUAGUAUCUAUACUUAAUAUUUGAUUCUUUGAUGGCUAACUUACAAGUUGCCAUGCAACUUCCUUCUAUUACUUAAAAGUCAAACAUGUUGCCCAGACUAUUCUCCCCAAAACUUCCAAACUUUUAUCCUGUUAUAAUAAAUACCCUAACACAACAUAAUUGAUAAAUCACCUCAUCAACUUCGAAACGUUUCUCUGUUUCAUCAUGUCUUUCAAGGAAGAACCACGAUCACCAUUGCAACCGCCGACAUAUGGAAACCUAAUCACAAUACUCAGUAUCGAUGGAGGUGGAGUACGAGGCAUCAUUCCAAGUGUCAUCCUUGAAUUUUUGGAAAACGAACUACAGGAAUUAGAUGGUAAGAAUGCACGACUCGCGGAUUAUUUUGAUGUGAUAGCAGGGACAAGCACCGGUGGUCUUGUGACGGCCUUGUUAACUACUCCCGGUGAAGAUAAUCGUCCCAUUUUUGCAUGCUUGAUUGUUGAAACUCUCUCCUCGCAACAUGUUUUCUGUUGUUUUUCAACGAGCACCAUCGGUUUGCUGCUGCUACAAAAGUGGUCAAAGCUCUAUCGGGGCCAAAAUAUGAUGCCUAUGAUCUUCUCCAGCUACCAGAUACAAAAGAACCCAAGUCUUGAUGCCACAUUAUCCGAUAUAUGCAUUGGAACAUCCGCUGCCCCAACUUAUCUUCCUUCACAUUCAUUCCAAACAAAAAAUUCUGAAGGAAAAAUUCUUAAAGAAUUCAAUCUCACCAAUGGUGCAAUAACAGCCAACAAUCCGACUUUGGUCGCUAUAAGCGAAGUAACAAAUGAAAUAACCGGUGGUAGUGCAAACUUUUUCCCAAUAAAGCCAACAGAAUACGGACGAUUUCUAGUAUUGUUAUUGGGAACAGGGUCACCACAAUUUCAAAAAAAGUAUGAUGCGACAAAGUCAUCUAGUUGGGGAAUUUUGGGGUGGUUAGCCGGUGGUGGCUCAACCCCAUUGGUGGAUGUAUUUACUCAGGCGAGUGGCGAUAUGGUUGACUAUCAUAUCUAUAGUGUCUUUCAAGCCCUUCAUUCACAAGAUAAAUAUCUUCGUAUUCAGGAUGACACUUUAAGUGGGGACUUAACUUCCAUGGAUUUAGCAACACAUGAGAACUUAGAAAAUCUUGUGAAAGUGGGACAAGAGUUGUUGAAAAAACAAGUAAUGAAAGUGAACUUGGGCACGGGCAUAUGUGAGCAUUACCAUCAUACCACCAAUGAGAUGACUUUAAUAAAGUUUGCGAAAAUACUCCACCAGGAAAAGAAUGUAAGAGAACUUAGAUCACCAAGUACUAAUAGAGGAAGAAUUACACGAGAAGAGUCGAUGAAAGAACAAACUACACUUUCACAAAGAACGCAAGCACUCUCAAAUGCAAUUCAUCACUCUCUUCCAGAUUUAUAUGAGCUCAACCCAAACUGAGAUUUUCUUUCUUGUAUAAGGAUAAUUUAUUAGCUUUAUUCUAAUUUAAGUUUGAAGUUAUGUUGUUUAGUUGAAAACUUAAUUAAUCGAUGUAACUGUAUUGUUUCUUCAUACUUUCUGUUAACCAAGUAUAGACAAUAAAUUAAAAACCCUUUG